CCCGCCGAGAUUUCCCACGAACUUAGAAGAACAAAUUUUUGUUGUCUUUCCUAUUGUCAAGAAUGUCCUUCGCACUUCCCGCUCGUCAGGUCACCUUCGGCAGGUCUGCUGCGCCUUACCAACAACCAAGUCAACCCUCUCAACUCCAAGCUGCUCAACCUAAUCAUGGGCUAGCAUUACCCGGUGCUAGUGCUUAUAGUCUUCCUGCGCCAUCGAAUCUUGCGCUUCCGGGUCCAUCGCCACUGUCUCAAUCACAUACUCCUCCUCCUUCACAACCCCAGCCUGCAAAUGCGACAACGGUAAUCAGCAAUGGCACAACAUCAGCGGCUGUGGCAGGUCCUUCGACGCCACCGGUCAACGCUGUACCCGCCACUCCGGCCCCUCUCACACUUGAGCAACAGCAUAUCACGGCCGUGGAGGGCAUCGUACCCACACUACAAAAUAUUGUUGCGACAGUUAACCUCGAUUGUCGUCUUGACCUCAAGACCAUUGCACUGCACGCCCGGAAUGCAGAGUAUAACCCUAAGCGUUUUGCAGCUGUCAUCAUGCGUAUUCGUGAUCCCAAGACAACCGCACUUAUCUUCGCCUCGGGCAAGAUGGUCGUCACGGGCGCGAAGAGUGAAGAUGACUCAAGGCUUGCGUCGCGCAAGUACGCGCGCAUCGUGCAAAAGCUUGGCUUCGACGCCAAGUUUGCCGAGUUCAAGAUCCAAAACAUAGUCGGAAGUUGUGAUGUGAAGUUCCCCAUUCGCUUGGAGGGUCUUGCGUAUAGCCACGGACAGUUUAGCAGUUACGAGCCUGAGUUGUUCCCUGGUCUCAUCUAUCGCAUGCUCAAGCCGAAGGUCGUGUUAUUGAUCUUCGUAUCAGGGAAGAUAGUGUUGACUGGUGCGAAGGUCAGGGAAGAGAUUUAUACCGCGUUCAACACCAUCUAUACUGUGCUGUGCGAGUUUAGGAAACCUUAA